GCGAGCUGGAUCGGACAGAACCCGUUCCGUACUAGGGCUGUUUUGGUAGUGGGUGUGUAUGCAUGAGUUCUGCAUCGAAUGGGCGCAAAAACCGCCCCAGAUCCGCCGGGAACAUCUUCCAGAUCGGCAAGCCUCCGCACCGGGAGCCCGAGAGGAGGGAGAGCACGGAGAGUACCCGCAGAGCCCAGCGCGCCGUGGCCGACUGCAGGAUGAUCGUCCAGGAGUUCAAUACACUUGUGGCUCUGUACCGUGAACUGGUCAUCUCCAUUGGCGAGAUCACUGUGGACUGUCCGUCUCUGCGGGCCGAGAUGCUCAAGACCAGGACCAAAGGCUGUGAGAUGGCGAGAGCCGCUCAUCACAGCCUCUCCUUGAUAUCUGGGCCGGAGGACGGGGAGAUCCACCCUGAGAUCUGUCGGCUCUUCAUCCAGCUGCAGUGCUGCCUGGAGAUGUACAUCACAGAGAUGCUCAAAUCUGUCUGCUUGUUGGGAUCCCUGCAGCUCCACAGGAAAGGUAAGGAGUCCUGCGGCCCUCCAGGGGUGGACAGUAAGAUCGAAGAGAGCUCAGACAUCCCCAUCUUGGAGGACACGUCUUCCUCCCCCACUGACUGUCCUCAGCUCUACUGGCUCGUGGCUAACGACAUAGAAAACAUUGAAAGGGACAUGAGGGAGAUGAAGAACCUCCUCAGUAAACUCAGGGAGACAAUGCCUUUACCACUGAAGAACCAAGACGACAGCAGUUUGCUGAACCUGACUCCCUACCCACUGGUCCGACAGAGGAAGAGGAGGUUCUUUGGGCUCUGUUGCCUGGUAACCAGCUAAGGGGCCCCGCCUUCGUGGGUAGGAGGCGGCCACAAAGACACCAUCACCCACUGUCCUUCACCACUUGUGUCUCCCACCAAUCUAUUACUGCCAUUUUCAAAUAUAUCGUCUUUUUCUCUCUUUUUUUCUUUUUAAAGGCUACCCAUUUUAUAAUUUUAUUUUGUAAUACAAAUAAGAAUUGUAACUGCAAUGUGAUGAAAACAAAAGUCAUGAACUUAUAUUUUAAGAUAUUUUGCAACGGAUUUUUCUUGUUCAGUGUAUAAGAGAAUGAGAGAUCCAUGUUCAAUCACUUUCAAAAAUCGGAGAGAAUGAAGUUAGGAUUCACGUUAUAAAAAGGGAAUAUAACUGUUAGUUUUUGUCAGAAAAAAUGUGAUGCGUUAUGAAUUUGUCGCGUCUGAGGUUUGACUAAGGUGUCUGACUAAGUUCUGCCUUUGUCAGCCUGAGGUGAGAACACAGGUUUGUGCCGAGUAAGUUUGUCGUGUGUCACAAUCUCUAUUUUCUGUUUCUGGCUGUUUUUUCUCCUCGAUGUACUUAAUUUAGUCUUCCAUAAACCAAGAACCUGUACCCAACUUUAACUUUCCAGCUUUGAAACAGAAUAUAAGAUACAAUACUCAAAAAGAAAACUUCUUUGCACACAAUAUCUAUCUAUAAACCGACACAUUAGACUUGUAUAUACACAUACUCUUUACGCAACGCUCUUGGAAUUAUUUUCAAAGUUGAAGUUGGUUAGUGGAGAGUCUUUUGGUUGAGAUGAGCAAGGAGGGUCUCCCUGUGUUUGAGUCAAUCAGUGCAGACACAGGGCAGGCAGCAUGGCUCUUGCUUAUUAAUGAUAGUGAUCGAUGUUUAGGGCACGGUGAAGGUAAAGUAGUCCAAGCUGAUUUAGGUCAUUUUACAUUGUUAAUAAAACUUUUGUUAUUGAAAUCCAA